AUGCUCGCUUCCGUGUUCGCUCGCCACUCUCUCGGCAACUCGUGCGCGUGGCGACGCCCCGUGGCGGGAGCUCUUCGCUUCCAACAUUCCAUGCUAGCUUCCAGUAGCGGGCCUGAUGCGUUGCGACACGCGAACGAGAAUACCAGGGUCGAUGCGGCGCGCGGAACGAGCCCCCGUUUGUAUCACAAGAACGUGGUGGAUCAUUACAAUCACCCGCGCAACGUGGGCGCGUUCGACAAGCGCGAUCCAGAUGUCGGCACGGGAUUGGUGGGCGCGCCGGCGUGUGGCGACGUGAUGAAGCUGCAGAUUAAGGUGGACGCGGAGGGGAAGAUCGUCGACUCGUGCUUUAAGACCUUCGGAUGCGGCUCCGCUAUCGCGUCGUCCUCCCUAGCCACGGAGUGGGUGAAGGGCAAGCAUGUCGACUCGGUGCUCGAGAUCACCAACAGGGACAUUGCGAGGCAUCUGUCGCUGCCUCCUGUGAAGCUGCACUGCAGCAUGCUGGCUGAAGAUGCCAUCAAGGCAGCCGUGCAUGACAUUAAAGUGAAGCGACAGCAGCAGUAG